CCCGAGCCGCCGUCCUCAGCGUGCUUGGAUCUUCCGCCUGCCGCUGGACGGCCGCCUCCUCCUGCUCGCCUCUGCCCGCAGCCCCUGCGUUCCUUCUCUGGGAGUCGCGCAUCCGAAGAUGGCGGCGUACAAAUUCCUGCUGUCGCCUCUCGGCCGCCGCAUCCUCCUUCCCGCCGCGCGGGCACGGGGCGCCGAGGCUUUUGGAUGCUAUUUUUCUACCAGCUGUCAUCGCAACACCAAAUUUUAUACUGAUCCUGUUGAAGCUGUAAAAGAUAUACCCAAUGGGGCAACUAUACUUGUUGGUGGAUUUGGACUGUGUGGGAUUCCUGAAAAUCUCAUUGGGGGUUUACUGAAGACUGGAGUAAAGGGUAUUACAGCAGUCAGUAACAAUGCAGGUGUUGACAAUUUUGGACUUGGUCUUCUGCUUCAGACUAAGCAGAUAAAACGCAUGGUAUCAUCAUAUGUUGGAGAGAAUGCUGAAUUUGAACGCCAGUAUUUAUCUGGUGAGCUUGAAGUUGAACUUACACCUCAGGGUACACUUGCUGAACGUAUUAGAGCAGGAGGAGCAGGAAUCCCAGCGUUUUACACCAGUACAGGUUAUGGGACACUGGUGCAGGAAGGGGGGGCACCUAUCAAAUACAAUUCAGAUGGCACCAUUGCUAUUGCUAGCCAACCAAGAGAGGUGCGAGAGUUUGAUGGUCGUCACUUUAUUCUGGAAAAGUCCAUUACAGGAGAUUUUGCUCUCGUGAAGGCAUGGAAGGCUGAUCGUGCAGGAAACAUCAUUUUCAGAAAAACUGCUAGAAACUUCAAUCAACCAAUGUGCAAAGCUGCCAAGACAACUGUGGUGGAGGUGGAAGAAAUUGUUGAUAUUGGAGCAUUUGCACCAGAAGAUAUUCAUGUUCCCAAAAUCUAUGUUGAUCGCCUGAUACAGGGAGAGAAGUUUGAAAAGAGAAUUGAACGCUUGUCAAUCCGAAAGCCUGAAGACUCAAAAGCCAAACAAAAGGCAGGAGAUAAUGUGAGGGAGAGGAUCAUCAGACGGGCUGCUUUAGAGUUUGAGGACGGCAUGUAUGCUAAUCUGGGUAUUGGAAUCCCCUUGUUGGCCAGUAACUUCAUCAGUCCAGACAUAACUGUUCACCUACAGAGUGAAAAUGGAGUCCUAGGUUUGGGUCCUUAUCCACUUGAAAGUGAAGUUGAUCCAGACCUGAUUAAUGCAGGUAAGGAGACAGUCACUGUUCUUCCUGGUUCUUCUUAUUUCUCUAGUGAUGAAUCAUUUGCAAUGAUAAGAGGAGGCCAUGUUGAUUUGACAAUGCUUGGAGCUAUGCAGGUGUCUAAGUAUGGUGACCUGGCCAACUGGAUGAUUCCUGGUAAAAUGGUGAAGGGAAUGGGAGGUGCCAUGGAUCUGGUAUCUAGUGCCCAGACAAAAGUGGUUGUCACCAUGGAGCACUCAGCCAAGGGUAACGUCCAUAAAAUCUUGGAAAAAUGCAGUUUACCACUUACUGGGAAGCAAUGUGUAAAUCGCAUCAUUACAGAGAAGGCUGUGUUUGAUGUGGACAAGAAAAAGGGACUCACCCUUGUGGAAAUCUGGGAAGGACUGUCAGUGGAUGAUAUCAAGAAAAGCACUGGCUGUGACUUCACAGUUUCACCAAAACUGAUACCAAUGAGGCAGAUUUAAACCUGCAGCAGAAUCUGGGCAUGACUUGCUAGAAGGCUUGUUUCGAAAUGGAAGCUCAGUGAAGAGGAAUCGAUGACUGUUUUGCAGUUUUAUUUUUUUCUUUCUUUCUUUCUUUUCUUUUUUUAUUUGAUUUAAGGGCUUUGUAGGUAGUUUCCAGAUAGUUAAGCUCAGGCUGUGAUUAUCAGCCUAAGUGGAAUUUUUCUUCCAUAGCAUUACCAAUUUUAAUAGAAUUGUGCGUAUAUUCCCAAGAUUUCAAAUAAUGUUAUACUAAGAAGUUAGUGAACAUUGUCAGAAAAAAUGCCUUGUAGUCUCACUGCCAAAUAGUACAUUUUUUACAGAGAUUCACAAAAUGACCAUGCAAUCUUUUUUGCCUCUGCUUUUGCUGAUGUCACUGAACUUACAGAUCACCCUAUCAUUCUGUAACUACAGCACUAUGUUCUUUCUCUUCUAAAGGUGUGGGUUUUCUUGUGGAGCGGCGUAUAGCAAAUGCAUGCAGCUAAAGAAAGACAUCAGUAAUAUGGACUUCUCUUUUCCUGAACUUUUGAAUAAGUCUUUGACAAAACUUUUUGUAUCAAUGGAAACAUUUGGGUCCUUAGCCCUGAAUGUAUCUGCUGUUUCCUCUGUGUCUGUUGUCAUUAAGACACCUCCCAGAGUCCACCUCUAACCCUUCUGUUUAAACUGUACAAGCUAGAAUGGGGAUAGUUUGCAGGAGGAAGAUAAAAUGUCUCUGUCCCCCUGCAGACAAUUGAUUAGCUGUACAGCUGUUCCAUCUGAACCCACUCUUAAUGCAGUUAGAAUCCUUCUUCCAACCUCCAUUCAAAGGCAAAUGAAGACUGUUUCUGGAGUGAGGCUUGUUCUUCCAGUGUUACACAGAGAUGCAGGGGACAAAAAUGUUGUGGGCAUCUGGGAGAUUUCUUCAGAAGUGAAUACAGUUGAUUAAAAGCAAAAACAAUAACUUUGCACCACUUGCUGAUCAGAGAAUCAGCUACAGAGUUUGGAACCCAAACUCAUGAUAACUAGAAGGCAUACCAUGAGACAAUCAAAGUAUAAGUCAGCUUCUGCUAUUUGAUUCAGAUCUUAUUUUCUCUGUUCUUAAUUAUGGACAACUAUUUCUGCAAAUCAGUAACGUAGUUAUGACUGCACUAGAUCUCACCCCUUAUUAGCACAAUAGGUCUUCCUUAUACAGAGCAUGAAUUUAUGGGAAAUAUAUGCUUACUAAGAUAGUGUCAUUUCCAGAUAGGAUGAUUUCUGUCAUUCAUCUAAAUAGGAACACCUAAGGCCCUUCAGUGAAAAUAAUUCGUGAUGUAUGUUUUAUGUCAGAACAGGAACAGAUUAAGUGUGUAAACAGUAUAUGCAUGAAGAAAUAUGCCUUUCAUAUAUGCAAUAGGCAGUGUUGGGAUAUGGUCAUAGAAUCAUGGAAAGGUUUGGGUUGGAAGGGACCUUUAAGAUCAUCUAGUUCCAACCCCUGCUAUAGGCAGGGACACCUCCCUCUAGACCAGGUUGCUCAGAGCCCCAUCCAGCCUGGUCUUGAAUGCUUCCAGGGAGGGAGCAUCCACAGCCUCACUGGGUGACCUGUUCCAGUGUCUCACCACCCUCACAAUAAAGAAUUUCUUUAUAAUAUCUAGUCUAAAUCUACCCUCUUCCUGUUUAAAACCACUUCCCCAUAUCCUGUCUUUUAUAAAAAGUCCCUCCCUGGCUUUCCGGUGGGCCCUGUUCAGGUACUGCAAGGCUGCUAUAAGGUCCCCCUGAAGCCUUCUCUUCUCCAGGCUGAAAAGCCCCAGCUCUCUUAUCCUGUACUUGUAGGGGAGAUAUUCCAGACGCCUAAUCAUCUGAUCAUGGUGUAGAAGGGCAUUCUAAUACUGUGUGGACAAGGCUUUCAGUGCAUGUGUAGAAGACAUAUAAUAAUUUUCAGGGAACCAGAUAUGAAAUUCCUGCAAUGUCUAGCUCUAUUACUAGCCUUUGGACUGUACUGGUAACCUUGCACUGGAAAAAUGUGCUGCACUUCUCCAUUCUAAAAUGAGAAAUACUACUUUUCCAUGGGAUAGUUAUAAAAUUAGACUUGACCCAUACAUGGAUUUUAUAGCAGUUCAACUGUAUUGAUUUGAGAGAUUACUUUUGUUUAGUUGUAUAUAACUGCUAAGCAGUUCUUUGAUAAUCUCUUGUUAAUAACAGAAUAUGUUCUUGUUUUUCACACAAAGGAAUAAACAAAAUACCUGUUUUAGCGCCUUCAUGCUAAUACAAAAAUAAUCCCAUAACAACUAAGUUAUAUGACUUGAUCUAAUAUGUAGUAGUGGGUGGUAGGCCAUUGAAUAGGUUGAAUGUGUAGGCAAGGCUAUAAUGCUGAGCCCAUGAAAAGAAAUGUCUUGUACAUACACUAGAUACGUUCUAAUGUUCCACAGUUUGCAGGUGAUUUCUUUAAUAGCUAAUUUGUAUGCAAGACAUGAGAUUGCAUUGAUCAAAGUGUUCCAGAAUACCUUAAUCCAGGAUUAGCACGCAUUUUUACCUAGCUUUGGUUUCCAUAUUUCCUCUAUCUACUCUCUGUGAUAUUCCCUCAGUCUCAUAAUUUUCUUAAAGUUUGGCUACUUCUACUUCUGUGGAACAAUCUAAGGUGCAGACUGAAUUUCUGUUCACAGAGGUUUUGCAGAUUAAGUCUCUGUGUAACAAAGGGUGAUUUUCAGAUUUAUGAAACAGUGUUGGUUUCAGAUAGAGCAGCAUAGAGACCUCUGCCGCACUCCAGAAAAACAGGUCAGUGACAAUUCUGACCCUUGUGGUGCUUUACACAGUAAAAGAUGCCUAACAUUGCCUUCAGGCCAAAGAGUUGGGUGGAUGCGAUCUCUGAAGAUUUCUUUUUCAUUGUCAUUUAAAGCUUUUGUGGGGAGCACUCUGAAUGGAUGCUGUUUUUAAGGGUAUAUAAAAACUGUGUACAGGAGAGGGGAGUCAAUAGUAGUUUACCCAGGAAAAAAAUGUAUUUACGUAGUGGGAUGAGUCUCAGAGAAAUCCACAAAAUAAAUGUUGUUCUGUUGCAAUUAUCUCUGUUAUGCUAGUCAUAGAACUGAUUAGGUAAUUACAGCAUGUAAUUAUUGGGAUAUAUAGUGUAUGGGAGAAAUUUCCGAGGGUGGCAUCAAGUUUAUGCUGCUUCUUCUGUAGAACUAUGCUUUGCUGGCAUACGCACAGAAGCCAUUAUUGUCUGUAAUAUAUGGCUUAUAAAAAGACUAAUGAUUGAUAAUGUUUGGGACUUCAGGACGUUGGUUUCUGGCUCAAAGAAUUUGGAGCCAACAACUGCACUUCAGCUUUUCCAGUUCUCCACGUAUUGCCUUGAGAAUUGUCAUCUGUGCUCUUGUUUCCUGGAAAAGGGGAUGUUUUGCUUCUUCCCUAACAGGAAGAAUAAUUAGCAAAGAUCUGUGAAACACAUUAUGUUUUCAGCUUGGAGGUCACCCUUGAUGAGCAGCUUUUUUACUUGAUAAAUGUUUGAUUUCUGUUUCUUGUUUGUAUCGAUGUAAUGCAAAAGAGCAAAGAUGGAUGUGGUGCUGAAGGCUGGGGAAGCGAGGAGAACAGGCGCUCUCCGUAUACACCAGUGGUGCACACAUCUGCAUGUCACACUUGAACUUUUUAUCUUGAGGACAUUGUUUUGUGUAGAAUACUGUUAUUAUGAAAAUGCUUGCAUGUGCACCAGCUAAUUACAACAAGCUGUGACUCCAGUUUUUUUAGCUGAGAUCUGUAAAGCAGGAUUAGAAAUUAAAACACUUUAAGUGAUUUAAUUCUCUGUGGACCCAAGUGUGGCUCAUAGCUAUACUCUUAAGCAGUAGUUGUGAUGAUCGGUAUUAGACAGAUGGCAGAUCCUCAUUUUUCUUCCAUGGCUGUAAGAGAGCUGAUAUGCAAGAACGUUUAUUGAGGCAUCACUGAGGUUAUCGGUGCUUCACAGCAUUCUUGAGACAAGGACAGAUGAUGCUUUUUGUUGGGAAGAAGAUGGAGUUCUAUUGUUACCUAGGUUAGACUUACUUUGUUUUUCUUGACUUCAUCCCUGAAAAAGCAAGAAAUGAAUGAUGUAAAAUGUUUUACUGUAAGCUCUGUAAGCUAUACAUCAAAGUCCUUCUAUGUAUUUGCAAAACAAUCAAUAAAAUGAAGACUAAAAAUCCCA